CCUACCUCUUAUCCUAUUUCUCUAUAUAAAGCAUCUUCACGCUAUGUGUGUUUCCCCUCUAAUCAUCUUUUCCUGAAUUGAUAUUCGAAGCAUUAUGGAGAUGAAGAAGCUCUUGUGGGUUGCCUUAUCACUUGCCUUGGUUCUCAAAGUGUCUGAGAGCUUUGAUUUUCACGAGAAGGAUUUGUCGUCGGAGGAGAGCUUGUGGGAUUUGUACGAGAGAUGGAGGAGCCACCACACAGUGUCUCGGAGUCUUGAUGAGAAGAAGAAGCGAUUCAAUGUGUUCAAAGCCAAUGUCAUGCACGUGCGCAACACAAACAAGAUGGAUAAGCCGUACAAACUCAAGCUGAACAAGUUUGCUGACAUGACCAACCAUGAAUUCAGGAAUGCCUAUGCUGGAUCAAAGGUUAAUCAUCACAGGAUGUUCCGAGGCAUUCCACGUGGCAAUGAAACCUUCAUGUACGAGAAUGUUGGUAGGGUUCCUCCUUCUGUUGAUUGGAGGCAGAAAGGUGCUGUCACUCCAGUCAAAAAUCAAGGCCAAUGUGGUAGUUGUUGGGCGUUUUCUACAGUAGUAGCAGUUGAAGGAAUCAAUCAAAUCAAGACACACAAGUUAGUGUCAUUGUCUGAGCAAGAGUUAGUUGACUGUGAUACUGAACAGAACCAAGGAUGCAAUGGUGGAUUAAUGGAAUAUGCCUUCGAGUAUAUCAAGAAAAAAGGUGGCCUAGCAACAGAAAAAGAUUACCCUUACCUGGCCGAAGCUGGAACUUGUGAUGCGUCAAAGGAGAAUGACAUUAUAGUUUCCAUUGAUGGGCAUGAGAAUGUUCCUGCUAAUGACGAGGAUGCUCUGCUCAAAGCCGUAGCCAACCAACCUGUAUCUGUAGCCAUUGAUGCUGGAGGCUUUGAUUUCCAAUUCUAUUCAGAGGGAGUAUUUACUGGAGAUUGUACAACAGAGUUGAAUCAUGGGGUGGCAGUCGUUGGGUACGGGACGACUGUGGAUGGAACCAAAUAUUGGAUAGUGAAGAAUUCAUGGGGACCAGAAUGGGGAGAAGGAGGUUACAUCAGGAUGCAAAGAGGAGUAUCAGACAAGGAAGGCUUGUGUGGCAUAGCAAUGGAGGCUUCCUACCCCAUCAAAAACUCUGCCACUAACCCAACACCACAUUCAUCCUCUCCUAAAGAUGAACUGUAGAACAAGUUCAGCUCUGACGUUUAAUUGUUUGUCGUGUGUUAAGAUGUUGCCUCACUCAAAUUUAUCAAUUCAAUAAUAUUCAUGUAUUUUACCUUUGUUGUGUUUAUGUCGUCAUUAAUACAAAUAGCUUGCCUAUUCAAAGACUCGUCUCUGUAUUUGCUGAACAUUCUUAAUAACUACUGUUAUGUCCGUAUCCCACUA